GUCAUCACGUGACGAAGUGUUUUUCGAUAAUUGUUGCAUUUUGUAUUUAUUUCGCGAGGUAUGAUAUUUUGAUUGAUAUUUUUUAAAGUUAAAUUCGAAAGUUAAAAAGAUGGGAAACAUUCAUACUGUCGGUCCGAACGAAGCUCUAGUUAUAUCAGGUGGCUGUUGUGGUGCCCAGAACAAGAGGACUAUCAUUGGUGGCUGGGGGUGGGCAUGGUGGUUUGUUACAGACGUUCAAAGAAUCUCAUUGGAGGUCAUGACCUUGAACCCAGUCUGUGAAAGUGUUGAAACUUCUGAAGGAGUGCCACUGACAGUGACAGGAGUAGCCCAGGUCAAGGUUAUAACAGAAUCUGAACUCCUGGCCACUGCUUGCGAACAGUUCCUGGGCAAGCAGGUGCAGCACAUUGAACGAGUCAUACUGCAAACUAUGGAGGGUCACCUCAGGGCUAUUCUAGGUACUUUAUCUGUGGAGGCAAUUUAUCAAGAUAGAGACCAGUUUGCUCAAUUGGUGAGAGAGGUAGCAUCGCCCGAUGUUGGAAGGAUGGGCAUUGAAAUACUCAGCUUCACCAUUAAAGAUGUAUUUGAUAGUGUUGAAUAUUUAGAGUCAUUGGGUCGUGCUCAAACUGCCAAUGUUAAAAGAGAUGCAGAUAUUGGUGUUGCUGAAGCUAACAGAGAUGCAGGCAUCAGGGAAGCUGAAUGUGAGAAGGCAAAGAUGGAUGUGAAGUAUGUUGCUGACACCAAAAUUGCUAACUCUCUCAGGGAAUUUGAAAUGCAGAAGUCAAAUUUCAACAUUGAAGUGAAUGCACGGAAAGCAGAAGCUGAGCUUGCGUACAAGUUGCAAGCGGCCAAGGAACAGCAGAAGAUUCGUAGCGAGGAAAUGGAGAUUGAAGUUGUUGAGCGCAGGAAGAUGAUUGAAGUGGAGGAGAAGGAGAUACAGAGGAAGGAGAAGGAGCUCAUCUCACUCGUCAAGAGACCUGCUGAGGCUGAGGCAUUCAGAAUGGAAGCCAUUGCUGAGGGAAAGAGGACCCAGACAGUUGAAGAAGCAAAAGCUGAUGCCGAGAAGAUACGUCUGAUUGGUUCGUCAGAGGCAGCUGCCAUUGAAGCUGUGGGCAAAGCAGAAGCUGAAAAGAUGAGGUUGAAAGCAUCUGCCUACAAGCAGUAUGGAGAAGCUGCCAUGCUUAGUUUGGUCCUUGAAACUCUUCCUAAGAUUGCAGCUGAGAUUGCAGCUCCACUGGCGAAGACGGGUGAGAUUGUGAUAGUUGGAGAUGACAGAUCAACCUCAGAAGUCACCAGGCUGCUAGCUUCCAUGCCUCCGACCGUUCAGGCUCUCACUGGCAUCGACCUCAACAAGGUGAUAGGGAAGGUGGCAGCAGCUGUAUGAUGCAUUCAACCAUGCUGAUGUUGAUGGUACUGGUAGGGGUGAGGAUGUUGCUGGUGAUAAGGAUAACGAGUUUAUGGUAAUUUCCAGAAGUACAGCGUAAAAAAUUGGGUUGAGUUUUGUAAAAAGUUGUUUGAAUGCAAAAUUGUUACAUUACUAAUUCUUAACUAUUUUUUUUGUUUUGAAAUCAUGAAAUCAAUUGUAUGAAAUAUCAUUGACAUGGUUUUAUUUGAACCAGUUUUUCCUUUGUAAUCAUGAUUAUUUAUUUGGCUUGUCGUAAUAGUUAAAUGACAUUUGUUAGCGAUAAUGAGUUAGUUAUUUACUACAUUUAUUUUUCAAUUUGCAACAUUGUUUGUGGCGAUAGUAUGGUUUUUGCAGCUGAUGAUUGAUGAUUCGAUUGAUCAACAUGUUCAACGUUCAGAUGAAUUAACGUUACAUUACAGUAACGUAGUGCACAACAAACUUUUUCUGUUUUUUUUUUAUGCUAUUUACCUUGUCAAUAUAUGCCUAUCUGAAUAUUUUUUUAUUUUUGAAUUAUACAUUUUAAACUUUUUGAUUGUUAAAAGUAAAUGUUAUUAAAUAUUUAGAAAUUUUCAUUCGCUGUCAAUUUGAUGUAUUGAAUUAUAAAAUGCAUAAACUUUAUAUAUAUAUAUAAUAUAUAUAUACAUAAUAUUUACAUGCAUACAUACGCGUGUAUUUACUAACGUGUAAUUCAAAACAUCAAUCACUACAUCAUUUGUUAACAUAUUUUUACAAUUUGUAAACCUCUGGUAUCAAUUGGCAUAGAUUGUAGUAUCCUCAUCAUAUAUCAUCAUCACCAUGGUCCUUUCAAUCGUUUGAUAUCUAGUCUGAAUGUAUCCACAACUAUU